AGAGGGGCGCAGCGGGGCGCGGCGGGGCGCGCAGAGCGGCGGCGGGGCAAGCGGGGCAGGCAGAGGCAGCGCGGGGCUCGCCGUGGGCAACCCCAAUGCGUGGACUAUCCGCUGCUGCAUUAUGCUGGAGCUACAGUUCCUCUGAAGGGAGUUUGCACACGGCCGGCUGGGCUGGACUGCAGCGCUGCCGUUCCUUAUGAAGAAGGCACAAACUUGGAUUAUCACUUGCUUUUGUCUUCAACUACUCCUACUUAAUCCUCUUGUCAAAGCCCAGAGUUCCUGUGGGAAUCCAGUGACAGAUGAUGUGAAUGACAUUGCAAAACUGGUCGGAAAUCUCCCAAAUGAUUAUAUGAUAACCCUUAAAUAUGUCCCGAAGAUGGAUAGUCUGCCUAAUCACUGUUGGUUGCAUUUGAUGGUUCCUGAAUUUUCAAGGAGUCUACAUAAUCUUCUCCAGAAGUUUUCAGAUAUUUCAGAUAUGACUGAUGUUUUAAGCAACUAUUCAAUCAUCAAUAAUCUCACAAGGAUAAUUAAUGAUCUUAUGGCAUGUCUAGCUUUUGAUAAAAAUAAGGAUUUUGUAAAAGAAAAUGGUCACCUUUAUGAAGAAGGUCGUUUCAUUCCUGAGGAUUUUUUUAGGCACUUUAAUAAUACUAUUGAGGUCUACAAGGAGUUUGCAGAUACGCUGGAUAAGAAUGACUGCAUUCUGCCUUCAACAGUAGAAACACCAGAGAAUGAUUCCAGAGUCGCUGUCACAAAAACAUUUUUGUUUCCUCCUGUUGCUGCCAGCUCCCUUAGGAAUGACAGCAUUGGCAGUAACACUAGCAGUAACAAAGAGGCAGUUGGCUUCAUUAGCGGCUCCAGCCUGCAAGGGAUCAGCAUAGCACUGACAUCAUUGCUGUCUCUUCUUAUUGGCUUUAUUUUGGGAGCUGUAUACUGGAAGAAAAUACAUCCCAAAUCCAGACCAGAAAGUGAUGAAACUACACAAUGUCAUGACUGUCAAGAGGAAAAUGAGAUAAGUGUGUUGCAGCAAAAAGAAAAAGAACAUCUACAAGUGUAGCUGCUGCUUUUUCUCCCUCAACACUGUUACUGUUUAGUGUACUGGCAGGUAACAGUUCCGUGUUCGCUUCAUAAAUGAAGCAGCUUAAAGCACAUUUGUAUUCCUUCUGGAGUGACAGACUGAGUCUGCAUCUGUUGUUGCUGCCCAUGACUCCAUAGACAUGAUAUAGAAAUGAGGAGAAUUUGUGUUUGUUACUGUGAAACCAACACUGAAUUGAACAACGACAAGAAGAGUAUGCACUUAGCAGGACUGUAUCUUAUGUGAAUAUCUGCCUUGUAUGGCAUUUGGGGACUUUUAAUUGCGUUAAUACUCACAGCUGACCCUGGCAAACAGAGCACUUGUCCUGAAAAAAACGCAUCUUUCAAAUGCCUCCAAAUAUGUGUAAUCAGUGGAAAUCAUAAAUACCUUUGCAUCCUUAAUUUAAGUUCUGUGUCCUCUGCCUUACCUUGAUGUCUUCACAUGGAGUUCUCUGAACUGACAGAAAACACAGAAAUGGAUACAGAUAACAUACUCUUCAUUAUUGUAUAUAAAACUUCAAAGCAAAGUCAUCCCGUGGACCCAUGUUCUAGCCUUUUACUUACAAGGAGCUGCAUUUAUACCUGGUGAAGUUCAUGUAUACAGCAACAUGUGAUCUCUGUUGGGUGCUAGGUGGCUGGUGGCCCACCCCAGAAAGACUCAAGAGUUCAUCAGCAUUGGUGGUCUCUGUUCAGGAGAAGCAAAUACUGGAUAAAGACAAAGGAAACAGGAGGUGGAUGUACCUCAUGGAGCUUAGAAGCAUUAAGAGUAACUGCUGGGUGUGUGUACACUGGUGAAAUUUCCAGCCGUGCCAAGGGAAAGUAAAGAGUCUGAGUUGCGUUCAAACAUUAGAAUAAAGACAAAUCUAUGAAAUGCAUUUUGAAUGCUGAAGAGGCAUGCCAUUGAUAUCUUGUCUUUAAAUGUAUAGCACAGAAAGCCUGAAAGAUCCUGAGAGUGUAUUUAGCUUUUACUUACAUCAGCUGUAAUUAAUGUUUGCAUUGUGUUUUUAAUGAUUAGUAAGCUUUAAUAUCCUGGCCUUCUACAUUCUUACAGUUAAUUCUCUUGAACCAAAAGAGAAAGGCUUUAUUUCCCACUUGUCUUCUGCAUCUAUUGCUAUUACAGCAUCCAUGGAAUCUGUACAGGACUGGUUUACACACAUGUAUUUUCAAGUAAAUCUUAAAAAUACUGUGGUAAAAGUUAAAGGUGUAGUUGUGCAUCUUUUCUUCCUGGAUUUUUCCAGAUAAUGGGUGUGAAUUAUUUAUCUGUAUUAGGGGUUUGUACUUCAGAAAAUAAAGGUGGCUCACUUUAGAUGACAGACUGUCAUCUGUGAUCAAACUGACCAGGUCAGCAAGAGUUUUCAUUUAAGUGACUUGAAAACUUAAAAAACAAACAAACAAACAAACAAACAAACAAACAAACAAACACAAAAACCCAAACGAACAAACAAAAAAAAACCAAAAAACAAACAAACAAACAAACAAAAAACAAGCCAACAAAAACAAACAAAAAACCCCACACACACUAUCCUUUUAAUGUUUUGCAUAAAGUUAGAGUUGUCUUUAAAGUAUAUUGUUACUUAAUUUUUAAGAAUUUUUGUACAAAUUUUAAUAUUUUAAUCAUUUGCUGAAUUUUCUGAGAACCAUGCAUAAAAAGAACAUUACAUAUAUAUAAUAUAUACAUGUGUAUGUGUGCGUGUGUGUGUGUGUGUGUAUUAUUGGUAAAACUGACCCAUCUUUCAUACUUAUCAAAAAGAAAAAAACCUCAAAACCUUACUAUGUUUCAUGCCAUAGCUUAUGCGUGCAUGUAGCCACUCUAUGUGGAAUUUUGACCCUACUGAGAUCAAUGUCAAAACUUCUCAUUAAUUCACUGAUACAAGGAUUUGAUCAUGUGGAACUAUUUUUUAUUUAUACUAAGGCUUUUUUGUACUUUCUGCAUGUCAGAAAAUGAUCCUCAAGUCCUUGUCAGCUGAUAUAAAUUAGCAUAGUUCCAUUAAUGUUAACAGAGCUUUGGGGUUUGCAUCAUCUGAGAAACCUCUCUCACAGUAAAUCAAAAGAAGCUUAAUGUGAGAAUUAGGCUUUCAUUUUUAUUCAGAAGAUGCCGAAGCAUUCACCACUUACUGAGAAAUAAGUUUGCUCGUCACUUCUAAAAGCAAGUGCAUUGCAAAUUUUAGCUCUGCAAAAAUCAAGCAACAGAAUUCUACAUCUGCAACGAAGUCUCAUUUGACACUGUGUAGUUCUUUACGUACAAGGCCCUCGGACUUUGUGUUUCAAACUUGAUUAAGAGUUACUCUGAAAGAAAUGUCAGCAUGACCUAAUUGGUGGGAAACUUUCACCUUAUUGGUAAUGCAGGGAAUAACUGCAUAUUGCUUUUGGCAGAGAGGAAAAGUAUCCACAGUAAUUGGAAGCAAUUAUUCUUAUGCAUUUUACAAAAACCUUAAAUACUUCAUGUUGCUAUACAAUAUGUUCUCAAAGCAAGUUUAUGCAUUUGAGGUUUUACAGUAUUUUUCUUAAAUUCAGUUAAACAAAAAAUAAUGUAUUUAUUUAUGCUCUUUGUUCAUCGUUUUCCUAAAUGCAUUUUUUCCAGAAAAUCAAAUACACAAUUAUGUUGCACAUUGGUGUGCCCCAAAUUAUACUUUGAUAUUUAAAAUGCACAAUUCUUUAGGCUUCUUAGCCUACUGUUUAAUACUAAAGAAAAUAUCAGUUGUAAAUUGAAACAUACAUUGAACCGAGAUAGACUGCUGCAAAAUGUUCACCUUCCCAGAGUAACAUCUUAAAAUAGUAGCUAAGUCACUUCCAAAUAAUGUCAGAUACUUCAAUCCCUUCCAUAAAGCAAGGCAAAUUUAAGGCUACAUAACAACAGAAAGAAAAUUUGUGUAUGAACCUUCCAACUGCACAUCACAAACAUUGUUCUUUGAGUAUAUAUCAAAGUAGUAUGACACAUGUAGUAGCAGAACUGUUGUUGAAGCUCAUGGUUUUCCUGUUCUCUGUACCCCCUUUUGGGAGAUCUGAAUGAAACACUGGGUCUUCUCACUCAUUUUGCAAAACAGCAGGACACUUCUAGACAUUCAUGGAUACAGUGGAUGACAUGACACUUGAAAAUGUGAUCUUGAAAUUAUUUGAAAAUUUCUGUGCCUGGUUUGUCUACCCACUGAGGAGGCACUUACUUCAGAUGUAGUGAAAUUUUGGAAGACUACUGACUUGUGAGACAGCUUUGAAAUAGAUGGAAAUAGAAUAAGUUACUGUUCAGUAGAAGCGUUGGUGGAAAGAAUAGUCUCUUAAUUGUUUAUUUAUCCAGUUGUAAGCUGUUUAAUCAUUUUUUCAGUCUUCUUUUUGGGUAGACAACAACCCAUGCAUUAACACAGCUAGAAAAUGAAUGGUCUUUCUCUUAAAAUGAAAUAGGGCCAAAGCAAGUAUUUUAUUGUUUUGUAUGAAAGUCAACCGAAUUUGGUUUUCAAAUAUCUGUGGUUUUGUGAGAAACUAAGAUUUUUAUGUUUGCUUUGGAGUAGUUGAACUUUGCAUGCAAUUAAUAGUGGCCUUGUGAGGAUAAAAAGCAGGUAGUAAUAUACUGAGUAACUCAAUGUGCUACUUUAGAUGUGUGUUUACUUGAAUAAAUUGAUGGUACUUAUUUUAUCACAAGGUCAUUUUAUAAGUAAGGUUAUAAAAUGUGCUAUACUAUGGAGUAUGUGUACAACCAGCACAUUUUUUUAGAUUCUGAUCUUCACCAGCUGUUUUCUCUGUUGCUCUCUCUUUGUAAUACACUAAAACUAUCCAGUACACACAAUACAACUUUUAAAUUGAAAAGCUAACCGUAUAUAUAUAAUACAGAUAUUUUGAGUUAGAUUUAUAUUUAACAAUUAUCCAACAUUCUUUAGUUCAGGAAUCUGAUUCAACUGUCUAUUAAAUGCAGAUCUACAGUAAUGGUGGCAUGUUGCUAUUAUGUUAUCAAAUUGAUGGAACGCGAAAACUUCAGACUCUUUAGUGAUAGAGACACAGACGUUUGCUGGUUGUAUCAUGGGAAAAUUCAUUUAUUUCAGUGUAAAUGUCAGCACAGUCUUGCAUAGUUACAUUCUGACUGAAGGGAAUCAACAAAGUUUAUAAAAUGUGAUGUGUAUGUAUAUAUGUGUCCUCUUACAGAUAGAUGUUUUCCCUGAUCCUUUUUUAUACCAGUUCAAAUUUGGAAUUUACAUUAUAUACAUAUACUUUAUUGUUCUAAAUAAAGAUAUUAUGCACUGCCAAAUAA